AAAGAAUAAAUAAAUAAAUAAAUAAAUAAAAUUCGCGUAGUAAACAUGUUGGAGCAACCGAAAUACGAUUUCGACAUUUCGCGGAAGCGUCGUGAUUCGGGUUUCAACUUUCGUUCCGGGACCAUCGUUGUCGGCAUUAUAAACAUGAUUCUCUUGGCCCCGGCAGGAAUCAUCAUGGGAUUCAUCUUUUACGCCCCCUUCAGCCACUUUUACUUUAUCCAACAGGGUGCCAGGACGGACCAGGCGAGAGACACGUUGAAUGGUGAGUUAUAA